AUGCCUCGGGGCGAAACCAGACCGACAAAACCUGUAGGCAUCAUCUUCACCACCAGAGAGGAGAACGCUGGCAGCCACGAGGUUGGUGGGCGUGUUGGAGAGGAACCGGCGAUGUGGGGCAAGAAGCGGAAAUGGCAAAUCACCGGCAGAAGUCAAGGGUCGGCGGCUCAGCCCGACCAUGUGGUCGAUCUCUACAACACGAGGGAGCCGCCGCCUCCCUCGCCCUCCGCCAAAGAUCCCUCACGGCAAGGUCCCAGCAACGACAAAGGUGACGAUGUUGCCCUACGAGUUCCUUCUGAACCUGCUCCGAGUGGCGACCAAGGCGCCGAGGAUUCCUCGCCAGCUAGAAAACGGCUGAAGAGUCCCACGACCUCGGUGAAUGCGGACCGCACUCGCUCGCCCUCUCCCAAUAGACGCUCCAAAACAAAACACAAUACCCCAGCCGAAGGGUCUACAACCGACUUCCCUGCGCGGCCAACAGCUAGAACAAAGGGCCGUUUGUGGAAUGAGGGUGAUCCAAUACCGACCCGCAACCAGGCGGCAGCCCAACCCGCUCCUCAACAACAUCCUCGCCAAUCCCGCCGCCGACAAGCCAGUAAUCAGACGGUGGAGGAGGAAGAUCCUUCCGUAAAUAAAAUGAUUGGACAGCCUGAGACUCGCCCCAUCAGUCAGGAGCAAUUAGUUGCUGAAGUAAAGGGCAUUUAUGCGGGCUUGGUCAUGGUCGAGUCUAAGUGCAUUGAGGUCGACAGUUCGCAAAGCGCGCAAAAUGAAUCAAGUCCGAAACUCAACAACGAACAAUGGCAGGCGUUGAUCGCGCUACACCGCACGCUUUUGCAUGAACACCACGACUUCUUUUUAGCGUCACAGCACCCAUCCGCAAGUCCAGCUUUGAGGAGACUUGCGUCAAAGUAUGCCAUGCCGGCGAGGAUGUGGCGCCAUGGUAUACAUUCGUUCCUCGAGUUGUUACGCCACAGGCUUCCUGCUUCUCUGGAACACAUGCUGACGUUCAUCUACCUCGCGUACUCGAUGAUGGCAUUGCUGUACGAGACAGUCCCAAAUUUUGAAGAUACGUGGAUCGAGUGUCUGGGCGACCUCGGCCGCUACCGGAUGGCCAUCGAGGAUGAGGAUAUCCGCGACCGGGAGAUUUGGACAGAGGUGUCAAGGUACUGGUAUUCCAAGGCCAGCGACAAAGCGCCCACUACCGGGAGGCUUCACCAUCACCUAGCAAUUCUUGCAAGGCCCAAUGCUGUCAAACAGCUUUUUUACUAUACCAAGAGUCUCUGUGUUGCAAUACCAUUCAAGUCCGCGAGAGACAGCAUCCUCACACUGUUCGAUCCAAUAAUCAACGGAACCCAGACUCGGCUUCAAGCCAUCGACCUGAAUUUUGUCAAGGCACACGGUAUUCUUUUUAUCAUAAGCAACACGGACGAGAAGGACAAGGCACACCCAAAGAAUCGCGACGAACUCAUGGUCGAAUACGAAAAAGCCAAGAGCCAGUUUCUUUCACCUUUGGAUAACCACAUUGCGCGAACAACAAGGAGCUGGAUGGAGCCCGGCGCUUUGAUUGCGAUCUCAAAUUGCAAUGCCCAGCUGGAGUACGGCAAAACCGAGGCAAAUACACAUGGCAACGCCAACGUUUUGAUGACGGCCAUUCUACCGGAGUCAGACAGAGACACUUUCAUGGAAAAUUCAGCAGAAGACAAGCCGACACCAUCCAAGGUCUUCAACGAAGCCUCUGAGCUUGCCAGAGAGUGUGAUGCGAUCAUCUCCCGCCGUUACGGAGACCCCAAUGUUCUGCCUUAUCUCAAUGUCCGCCUGUCUUUCAUGAAGUUCAUCGCUGGCAAUGAGGCUGCUAUUGAGCACACUCAGGACUGGUUCCCUUGGGCGCUGGUGGCGUUGAUGCUUAACUCCUUGUCGAUUAACUUUCAGAACCAUCAACGCAUCGAGUCUGAAGAAUUUCCCCGGCCAAGCGACAGACCCCUACCGGAGGACUGGUCACUUCGAGGCCUCCUCUGGACUGACAAGCUGUUCCCGUCUGACUGGUUCACCAGCGACAAGGUCGAUGAUGACGAGAAGACCUUUGAACUUGCUUCCAUGACCGAGCAGAGGAAAGAGCGGGUCCUUUGGCUGGGCUACUGCCUUGCCGUCUCUGGCAAGUGGUUGACCUAUGACAAGCAAAGCAAGCAAUUCAGUGUAACCCCUGAGUUCCAGAAAGAGUACCCGGUGUAUGAUGGAAACGAGGGUGCUACCCUGAGUGGGAAGGAAGGCUCUGUGUCACACUCAUCAACCACCGGCAGUACAACAACGUUUGACCAGGGAACCGAGAGCUCGAUAACCGAGAAAGAUGACGGUGACACACCAACUGUGGACGAUGAUGUCUCCAUGAUCACGGAGAAAGCAAGCUCUUGA